UGACAACACUUGAAGGCAACACGGUUUGUGGUUCGGGCAUGCGCAUUAGCGCAGUGAGGACAUAUUAGCAGAGGCGGCGGAAGGUCCAGGGAACUUCACCCAACGUGUCUUGAAUUUGAUUUUAGUGUCUAUCACCAGAAAGACAUUUAAUUUACACUGCUCUAGCAUCAGAUAUGGCCCGUGGGCACCAGAAGUUCCAGUCCCAGCAGAAGAAUGCCAAAAAGCAGGCAGACAUCAAGAAGAGCAAAGGCCAUGACCAGAAGGCAGCAGCUAAGGCUGCUUUAGUAUACACGUGCACAGUGUGCCGGACACAAAUGCCUGACCCGAAGACCUUUAAGCAACACUUUGAAAGCAAGCAUCCAAAGUCCCCAAUGCCCCCGGAGUUGGUUGAUGUGGAGGCGUAACACGAUCUCUUACUUUGAGUAAGACCGUUGGGUCUGAUUCAGGACAGGCUCAUACAUUUAACAAUGUUUCAGAUAAAAUGAAAAAAACUUAAGUGCUUCAUGCUGCUCAAUUUGGUAAUUGAUAUAUGGGUGUUUAUGUAAGGAGGUCCACUUGAUUGGACUUUCAGCAAAACUAUUCUCACUCAAAAUUCAAGCAGGGACCACUACUGAUGGUAGACACACUAGUAGACAGCUACCCUAUUCUAUUUGGGCUUGUGCAAACAAAUUAAACGUUCUGUCGUUGAUUGUAUGCAAAACUUCUAUCUGAUCAUUUAAAAAUGUUGUGCCCACAAAACCAGCUUGUCCAUGGGCUUUAGCACCAUUACACAAUCUCAGGGCUCCCACCGUUUCAUAAAACAUGAAUUGGAAAUGGCUAUCCAUUGUACUGUGUAACCCAUUAUGGAAUUUUUGCGUGAAUAUAAUUUGUGAUGUACCAUGGUUAGGCUCGUAAUUACAAUUUAUUCAGCAUGACUUUGAAGUUAAUAAUGUGCUUGGAAAGACACUCCCAAAACCGGCAAUGUGUUCUUAUGAGUAGAUUCAGAUUUACUUACAAACACACUGAUUUAUUCUCUUGAUAAUUUCAGAAUAUUGAAGACAAGUCUGUAGUUUUUGUUAAUCUGAAGAAUUUUGGACAUGCUGUACUACACGGGCACUGAAAUUGUGCAUCGCAUUUUCCCCUCAGAUUUCCAUGAAAGUAUCAUCAGUUCAUGUCAACUGUGAAAUUUUCUCAUGUGCAACUAUGUUGCAGAAGUUCACAAAAGAGCACUGCAAAUCAGCUCAUAGCAAACCCUUCCAUUAUACAAUUUCUUCAACUCCUGACUGCAUUAAAUAUUUAAUGAUCAUUCUCCCUGGAAGAAAUGGUCUGUUGAGUGAAGUAGGGUGAAUAUAUUAAGUUUGCACUGGGUGUUGUAACUGACCUAUUCGUAUCCUCCAAGUUUAUUCACUGUAAAAGGAAGUAUGUGGCAUAAAUCUGUGUUCCACCGUAGUAUUUGAAAAUGAUUUAGUUUUUCACUAUUGUAUUUUUGCAGUGGAAGCUGUCUUAAACUGUCAUCUUAAUGGCAUAUGUGACAACGAUCCCAAGUGCAGUCCCACAUUCUUUAGAGUGAUUCUGUCAUGAUGGUGCACAAAUGUUUUGACUCUGAACCUGCAUUUAAAGUCUGAACUACAUUACACUGUAAGUGAGCUUUGGUUCUUAUUUUUAUAUUAAUUUCUGUUCAUAGCAUGCUAACAGACAAAUGAAUAAUUUAUAGAAAUGAAAUAUUUUCAAUACAUUUGGGCCUGUUGGUCAUUAACCACUGAUAUUGUAUCACUGUGCUAUAUAGUCUGGACUGAUAACCAGCCAUGUUUCUACUUUUUUAAUGAUCAUAUCUUUGUCCAAGCAAUGUUAUGUAUAUCCUUUUAAUAAAGGUGUUAAUUUUAUAUGAACCGUUA